AUGACUUUAUUAAAAAUAUUUAGAAAGGAAUUAUAUUAUUCUCUGCAUAUCUUCAUAGUAUAUAUUAUUUUUGGUUCCAAAUGGAUUUUUUGCGAAAUUAUCAAUGGUUCCGUUACUGAUACAAAGUCAAGUGAUCAUUUAAUCAUAUGGAUUUCAACUGGACUUGGUAUAUCAGUUGCCGUUCUUAUCAUUAUUGUAUGCUGUUUGCUUGUAUUAGUAUGUAACCUUAGGUCAAUAAAAUGUGAUACAGAACCGGCUAUAUUCAAAGAAACAGCUGUGAACGGAAAUAACUGUUUACCUGGUGAUCGUGUUCUAGCAACAUCUGCCCAAAGGUAUCAUUUCAGCCAUCAGAAGCAACAAAUGCUAGCUGAACAUAAGUUUUCGGUUGUUCCUGAAAGAGGCAAUAGUCCACCCAAAGUUCUAUACUCUGAUUUAAAACCUGCUGAGAAACUAGAAAUUGAGAACCCAGGUUUCAUAGGACCUUCAGAAAACAAUGAUAAUCACUCCGCAACAGCGUCAACAAAUCAAUCUGCAACACGGUAA